AUGUCUUCUACCGCCGCUACUCGCAUCUUCGGCACCGCCGAGCUCGUCGAACACAUUCUCCUCCAGCGCAACUCUCCCUCCGAUGUCAUCAGCAUCUAUCAAGUCAAUACCUUCACCAAUGCAGUGGUUCAAGGGUCCCAGAAGCUUUCCGCGGCGCGCAUGCUCGGCAACAAGAAGAUUCUCUCCAACAUCCYCUUUCACCUGAUGGACACCACCGAAAUCAUCAAGGCUCGACAAGUCCACUCCUGCUUCAAAACCGUCGUAGACGAGUCCAAGCAGCUUCGUCAACUUCUCUUCUUGGACGCGCAACCUAAUGCAGGGAUCAUGAAGUUUCGAGAAAACCACGGAGGGAGCCUAAACCCUAGCGCCUGGGUCUUCUCUCCAUAUCGUUUCUUCUACAACGAAGCCGCAGGAGACUGCAUGCUUAUGACAAUUCACCCCGCGAUCGAGUCGCUCAUGACUAGAGAGUUCUCUCCGCCUCGAGACUUCGUUGCAAGUAUGAAACGCUCCACCAUUGAGUCCAUCACUUCCUGGCCCUCGGGAACUUGGGAGGAUAUGCUCAUCUGUCAGCCUCCUUGCUCCACGUUCCAAAUCCAAUGCGGAGGUCAUCCGCUGUGUAGGUGCGAUAAUUCGAGGAGCUCGAAGGGUGCAACGCUUGGGGCGAUGAGGGAUGAGAUUCUCAGGGGUGAGAAAUGUCCGGGAAGGAAGUGCUUGGUGAUCGAGUCGUCCAAUGAUUCGAGGGAACGUGUCUUUCAAUCUGCACAGAAUUAUUACUGGAUGGUUAGGGGAGAGUACAAGUCAUCCAGAAGAUGA